GUCCGUUGUCUCUCGGCACUCCACACGUCCUGAUGGAGCACCGGGAACUGUGAGAACAAGUCAUUCAGUAGCGUUCAGUCAUUCCCUCGAAUUGACAGCCCCUACGGCCGCCGCCUCCUCACUCUUCUUUCUUGUCGCGGAAUGCACAUGACAUCCCGCGGCACCCGCAGGCAGCGUCAUUCAUGAGCACGUCUCCCCACGGUGUAAUCAGCUCGUCAUAUAUGCUUGACUUGAUUCGCACUCGAGUACUUGGCGUCUUUGGCAUGCUAGCCGCCACCGUUCAAUCGAUUCCAAGAGCUCACCCUCAGGGCUUACAUGCUGAAGGAUCUCUCAAGCGGUCCCCACACGGAGUAGGAAGUAGCUCGAGUACUUCCCGGGGUCUAUUUCUGUAUAUGUAUACAUUUUUAAAUCUUAC